CCUCAUCCACGCUGCACUUCAUCAGUGCACAGCCAGUUCGGCCAAUUUCCUUCAAUUGCCUUCCUGGCCUAUCUAUCUAGUCGAAGCCCUCUGUCGCCGGCACCUUCUUACCCAAGCCGCACACGUCACAACCCCUUCAACCGCUCCCCGCACCACCUCACAGGGCUCCACCCAGCAUCAAUUGCUCUCUCGAAAAGCGUCCUUCACGCACAUACCCCACAAUGGCCACCCCAACAAUCGACCUACCUCCAGACCCACCAUCCAACGAACCCACCGACGCCCCGCCGUCCCCAGCCCCCCAGCCCGCCCACAACCCCCACCGCCUAGGCAUGCCCUUCGACCGACGCCUCCUCCUCGCAGCCUUCACCUCCUUCACCGUCGGCACAACUUUGGGCUACACCACAACCGCACGCCUCGCCGCGCUGCGCUUCCGCGCCGAAAACGCGCACCGCCUGCCCGUCUCCAACCCGGGCUGGUACCUGUACCACAAGUCGAAGAACUACUACAAGCUACAACAAGGCAUCCCGGCUGGCUUACGUUCGGGCGCGUAUCUCGCGGCGUGGAGCGGCGUGUUCUUCGUGCUCGAGGAGAGCUUGGAUGUGUUCCGCGGCACGUGGCGCGCGGGGCGCACGCUGGCGGAGAUGGAGGGCGUGGACGAGCUGGAUUUAAGGCGCGUGGAUCGCGGGGUGGAGGGGAGUAGGGAUUUUUGGAGUAGUGCGGUCGCGGGUAUGGUGACGGGGGGUUUGUGGAGUGUGUGGAGUGGGUUUCCGAUGGUUACGGCCGCCAGGACGAUUCGGUUGGGGUUGUUGGCCGGGUUGGGGUAUGGGGUUGCGCAGGAUGGGUUGGUGUGGGUGAGGGGGAGGAUGGGAGGGUAUGGGGAGGGGGAGGAGAGUUGGGUGAAUAAGGGGGCGAGGAAUAGGAAGAAUGAGGAGAGCAGAAUGGAUGCGGAAGAGUAGGGAGCAGCGAGGAAAUGAGGUCGAGUUGAGAGAUCUCAGCUCUCCACUCUUAGGGAAAUCUAAAAUGGCACUUGAGGCUUACAGAACUAGGUAUAGCACUACAGUGUGCCCAGCGUUACUAUGCUGGGCGGAGAGUAGGAGAAAUGACCCGCGCCCUGCGAGAAACUUCGUGGAGAUCGUAGCGCAAGCUAUGCGCUGGGGAUUGGCUUCUAUUACACUGGGGGGGCGACGCCUUCAACCGUCGCAAGGGCACCGUAGCCGGAAGCCGUAUGAAGCAUCACAGAUACCAAGGCGAUACGCGAUAUGAUUGGUUGCGUACCUGAGAGCAAGUGCGUAGUGAAUAGCCAUACCCAUACCUACAUACCAACAGUUCAAUGCCACGCC